UCUCCCUUUUCUCUUUUCUCUUCUCCUCUUUUCUACUCUUCUCUCAAGUUAUUUUAUUUUAUUUUAUUUUUUCUUAAAAAAAAAAAAAACACAUUAUUGUUAUUGUUGAACUGACCACAAUAUCAACACCGUUCACGAAUUCACCUCUUACUUCCUUCAGAUCAGCAGACGUAGACGUCUUUCCUUUUUUCUUUUUUCUUUAUCAUAACUUAACCAAGGUGAUAACGAGAAAAGUGUAUCAUCAACUUGUAAAAAAAAAAAAAAAAAAAAAAAGUAAAGAGAGAAUGGAGGACAUCAACACCCAAUCCCCAGCUCAGACUGGUUCUGUCUCGCCAUUUCAACCACAAUCACAACCACAGAAACAACCACAGCCAUAUAUCCAUGCCCACCCACAACAAUCACAAUCUCUCAACCAGACAUCCAUAUCUUAUAGCCCUCCUUCUCUUCCCCCUCCACCAUCUAUCACUCCCAUCUUCUCACACUUGUCCUCACCUUCAUUACCUUCCCCUCCUGUAUCUGCACUCUCAUCCAAACUUGUCACACCAGAUCACCUCUCCCAUCCAAUAUCUUCAACACUCUCCACACCAGCAUCAAAGCCCAAAACUCUGUCAUCAACUACGUUUUCGUCUGCAAAUAACCAUCAUCAGAACAGCACACUUCGUCAAGACGUUCAACAGCACUCUGAAGCCAUGGACGUGGAUGAGUUCAGAUCCCAAGAUCAAAAGAGAAAUGAUGCUAUACAACCUACUCUAAAACAACAUCCUCACCACUUACAACUCCACAAAAUCCUUGAUGACGAUGAUGCAGAUGAGCUUACGAGCCUAUCAUCUUCACUAUCCAUGAAUAGUGAGAAUGAUGCCUUCAGCAGAGUUCUCGACCCAACGCGCCGCGGCCCUUCUACGACUUCACUGGCUCGAAAACGUCCGUCCGUCGCCGAAUCUCAUUCGGAUUCUGAAUCGCAAUUCGAUUCGACCGUAGAAUCCCAUCCUAAUUCAGAUUCAGAAUCAGAUCCUGAUCUAGAGUCCAAACCUUCGUCUCCGAGGGAGCUCAAGUUUCUGGCGCACAGUCAACCCAAUGUUACGACCGCCGUCAAAACCUCGUCGAACGAUGUCCGGAGGAAGAGUCUACAGCAUCUAGCACAUCGUCAAGACCACACCAAUACUGUUGACUCGACUCAGUCCAUGAGCAUAGAUAAUUACAGCCAAAAUCCUCAUCACCAUCACCGACGAAACCACCAUGAUCUGGUUUUGUAUCAUGAUCAUCCUUUGCAGGGUCUAGAUGUGUUGGCCACGGCCGCACGACAGAUGCCGCGUCGGGAAGUCCCCUUUGAAAACACUGCUUCUCUCCAAGAUGACUCGAAUGCAAGCGAGAGUGAAGGGAGCCUAGCUCUCGAAGGCAUCGAUAGCUCUCGUAAGUGGCCCUCCAUGUCCGAGGGUGAAUACAAGUCCAAAGUCAAGGACGAUGUAGGAAGUGAUCGUCUCGAGAGACAGGGAGGUUCUAUAGGUCAUGGACAUGGCCAACAUUAUCACCGUCAUCAUGAUCAUAUCCCAUCAACUUCAAGACAACCUAUUGGAAUGACCACAUCGACGGGCUUUUCCAUGACAAGUGCAAGCCGGGUCAAGGAUUCUAUUACCAAAGAUUCCGCGCCUCGAAAAUGGAUCUGUAGGCAAGUUUCUGUCAAGACCCUUGGAGGCGAGAUGAUGAUGCCCAUCUGGUUCUCAGACCCAUUUCAUCCUUUUUGUAUAGCUGUCUAAGUAUACAUUUUUCGUUUCAAUUACACCAACGCGUUGCCCCUGUAUACACAAUCAGCAGGACACAAAAAAAAAAAACAAAACAGGGGGAUUACUUCUGUAACUAUAAUUAAUCAGCCUGUUUUUUUUUUUGUGUUCACUUUCCGACCUGCAGAUUCAUUUUUGGCGGGAAGAAAUUUGAAUACUCGGGGGAAGAGGAGAGAGGAACACAG